AUGCAAAGUCACGUCGAGGUGGUCUUGGUCGGGCAGCACUUACACGGCUCCGACAACUUGCUGCGGAGGAGAAUCGCUAUCGUCGCCGGAACCACUCAAGACUCGAUGCCGGAAAGACAUGGCCCGAUACUGCUUGUACCGCCUACUGUCCAAGCCCACAACCUUGGAGAUGAUGCCCUAGUGGAUUUGUACUACAAGAACUUUCACAAAUUGCACCCAUUGGUUCUACCUCGGCGACAUCUGGUUAGACUAUGUCAAGAUCCAGACUGCCAGCCAAGACUAGAGCCCCUCGUGGCUGUCAUGCGCCUCAUCGGGCACCUCUACGGGUUCCGGGAAUGGCCGUGUCAAUUGCAGGACGCGGUGAAGGGCUGUUUCUCGCAGGCAUCGCAAACCGAACCCUUUAUGGUUCAGUGCCGGGUCUUGUACUCUAUCGCUUUGUUCUGGUAUGGGCAAAAGAACGAGGCAAAAGAUGAAAUGGAGACCGCCGCCCGACUUGCAAUCGGGCUUGAGAUGUUCCGUUGUCAAUUCGCGACUGAACAGGGAGGCGAGGACCUUGUACUCAGAGAAUGCUGGAGGCGGACCUGGUGGAUGCUGUACAUUGUGAAUGGCUACUAUGCUGGCACAGUCGGCACGCUAGAAUUUGCAGUCAUAGAAGUUGAGGCCACUGUGGAACUGCCUUGUGAGGAGUUUGAGUAUGAAUCAGGUGAAAUCCCCGAACCGAAAACAUUGGAAGAAUUCGACUGUCGUGAGUUUUCUCUGAGCAAUACCUCAUUCUCAUCCUUUGCAUAUCUUAUUGGUGCUGCAAGAUGUGUGGCGUCUGCAGCGCCAAUGGCUCUUGGAAUUACACCUGAGGACGCCUCUUUGCAUGUAAUUCAUACUGCCGAUUCGAUUCUCGAUGGAUGGUUGCUCUUAUUGCCAAGUGGUCGCAAGCAACUCAUGGAUAAAUCCGGCGAAAUCGACGAACUCAUGUUCCAAGCCAACCUCCUUAUUCACGUAGCAACCAUCAGUUUACAUAGACCGUUGUCAGAUCUGAGGUUUAAUACUGUAGAGGCUAUUUCGAGUUGUGCUAGACACCCUCCGCCGGAGCUCCCAAUACCAGAAAUGGUAAACGUGCAUACCGUACGAGUAUUACGAUCGAUAGAGGCACAGAUAUGCCUGCUAGCAUUACCAGCGCGUCCUUUCCAUCAUACACCGUUUGCAACUUGCAUGAUCAGCGAAGGAACGCUUGCACUCCUCUCAGCCUGCAAGUUCCUAUUGAAGGGAAGAGAGCUGUCAAGGGCCAGAGAUCAGGUUCGUAUGACGAUUGGGUGCCUCAAAGCGCUGGGAGAUAUAUGGCCUAGGACGGCAAGAAAUCUACAAGAGAUACAAAGAAUUGCUCAGUGUGCACUGGGACUGAAAGAGGACACGCCCAUUCCCACUGUCAGCGAUCUACCAAGCCUGUCAAACCCGUCAAGCAGUGAGAGACAGACGACUCAAGAGUCUGAGAUCUCCUCAUCAACUGGCGAUGUCACUGACAUGAUUAACUCAUUAGACGGUCCUUGCUCAUGGUAUUCGCUCGGUGAUAUAGAUCCGGAGAUGCCAUGGUGGAUGGACCAGUGA